AUGAAUUACGCACGGUUUCUAACGGCCAGGAGCGCAGCCCGAGAGCCGUCUGCCAUUCGACUCCUGACUGAAAUAGUGUCCAGUGCAGCAAAAUCGCUCAUCUCCUUGGCUCCUGGAGCACCAAAUCCAAACACUUUCCCUUUUAAGACUGCUACUAUUACCAUAGACAAUGGAAAGACCAUCCAUUUUGGAGAAGAGAUGAUGAAGAGAGCUCUUCAGUAUUCUCAAAGUGCUGGAAUUCCAGAACUGUUGACCUGGCUAAGACAGUUACAGGUGUACUUGCAUAAUCCCCCCACUCUCCAUUAUCCACCCAGUCAAGGACAAAUGGAUAUAUGUGUCACAUCUGGCAGCCAAGAAGGUCUUUGUAAGGUGUUUGAAAUGUUCAUUAAUCCCGGAGAUAAUAUCAUCCUAGAUGAACCUGUAUAUCCAGGAACACUUCAAGCUCUGCAUCCAAUGGGCUGUAACAUUAUUAAUGUUUCCAGUGAUGAAUAUGGCAUUAUUCCAGACUCCCUCAAAGAAGUACUUUCUAAAUGGAAGCCAGAAGAUUCACAGAACCCGAAGAAAAACACCCCAAAAUUUCUUUACACUAUCCCAAGUGGCAAAAACCCUACUGGAACCUCACUAACAACUGACCGAAAAAAGGAAAUCUAUGAGCUGGCAAGAAAAUAUAACUUCAUCAUAAUAGAAGAUGAUCCAUAUUAUUUCCUCCAGUUCAAGAAGUCCUGGGCACCAACAUUUCUUUCCAUGGAUGUUGAUGGUCGUGUAAUCAGAGCUGACUCUUUUUCCAAAGUCCUUUCCUCCGGGUAGGGCCUUGUGUACCUAACUUAAAGCUCUCUAAAAGUGAUGAAGAAUGUAUACCUCAGUAUCUUUUAGUCUACACAAUUUUUUUCAUUUAAGAUAUUUCUUUUGGUAUCACAGCUUCUACACCUGUGGGGAAGAGAGGACUUCCUGGCUCACGUAGAUAGAGUUACUGAUUUCUAUAAGAACCAGAGGGAUAUGUUAUUGGCAGCUGCAGACAAAUGGUUAAGUGAUUUGGCAGAAUGGUAUGUUCCUACUGGUGGAAUGUUUUUAUGGAUCAAGGUUAAGGGUAUUUCUGAUACAAAACAAUUGAUUGAAGAAAAAGCCAUGAAGAAUCAGGUGUUAAUGGUACCUGGAUAUGCUUUCUUCAUUGAUCACUCAGCUCCUACUCCUUACUUUAGAGCAUCCUUCUCUAUGGCUUCUUCAGAGCAGAUGGAUUUGGCUUUUCAGAGAUUAGCCCAAGUUAUAAAAGAAUCUUUAUGA